AGGCGGAGCCGAGCCGGGGAAUCCUGCUCUGGGAUAGCACCCGGCCCCGCAGAGCAGCGCGGCAGCCCAAGGGCCCCGGCGCCGGGGGCGGCGGGGAACCCCAAACGCAACCGGGUCUGGAGGGAUCCCCGCGCCGAGCCAGCCGCCGUCACCGCCUCCGCGCCGCCCCUGCGGGCUUGGCAGGCGCCCGGCGCGCCCGCACUGCGCCCGGCCGCCGGCUCCCGCGGUCCCACCGUGAGCUCGCCGGCCCGUCGCCCGCUCGCCAUGCAGCCGCCGCCGGCCUCGCGCGCGUAGGCGCCCGCCGCAGGCCAUGCUGCCCCUGCUCGCCGCGCUCCUGGCCGCCGCCUGCCCGCUGCCGCCCGUCCGCGGCGGGGCCGCGGACGCGCCCGGCCUCCUCGGGGUGCCCUCCAAUGCUUCAGUCAACGCGUCCUCCGCGGACGAGCCCAUCGCCCCGCGGCUGCUGGCCUCGGCGGCCCCCGGGCCCCCCGAGCGCCCGGGCCCGGAGGAGGCGGCGGCGGCGGCGGCGGCGCCGUGCAACAUCAGCGUGCAGCGGCAGAUGCUGAGCUCGCUGCUCGUGCGCUGGGGCCGCCCGCGGGGCUUCCAGUGCGACCUACUGCUCUUCUCCACCAACGCGCACGGCCGCGCUUUCUUCGCCGCCGCCUUCCACCGCGUCGGGCCGCCGCUGCUCAUCGAGCACCUGGGGCUGGCGGCAGGCGGCGCGCAGCAGGACCUGCGCCUCUGCGUGGGCUGCGGCUGGGUGCGCGGUCGCCGCACCGGCCGCCUCCGGCCCGCCGCCGCCCCCAGCGCCGCCGCCGCCACCGCCGGGGCGCCCACCGCGCUGCCAGCCUACCCCGCGGCCGAGCCGCCCGGGCCGCUGUGGCUGCAGGGAGAGCCGCUGCAUUUCUGCUGCCUAGACUUCAGCCUGGAGGAGCUGCAGGGCGAGCCGGGCUGGCGGCUGAACCGUAAGCCCAUUGAGUCCACGCUGGUGGCCUGCUUCAUGACCCUGGUCAUCGUGGUGUGGAGCGUGGCCGCCCUCAUCUGGCCGGUGCCCAUCAUCGCCGGCUUCCUGCCCAACGGCAUGGAACAGCGCCGGACCACCGCCAGCACCACCGCAGCCACCCCCGCCGCAGUGCCCGCAGGGACCACCGCAGCCGCCGCCGCCGCCGCCGCUGCCGCCGCCGCCGCGGCCGUCACUUCGGGGGUGGCGACCAAGUGACCCGCUCCGCUCCUCCCUGUGUCCGUCCUGUGUCCGCGCGCGCGGGUGCCUUUCCCCCCGGAGACUCGGCCGGUGUGCUUCGUGCUGUAGUUAUCGUUAGUUCCUCUUCCCGAGAUGGGGCCGCCGAGAGACCCCAGCGCCUUUGAAAAGCAAGGUUUGUGCUGCGCUUCCAGUUCCGAAAAGCAGAUGUUUAAGCCCUUGGACUGAGGGUGGGAUCGCAGCUCCGAAGACGGAGAGGAGGGAAAUGGGGCCCUUUCCCCUCUAUUGCAUCCCCCUGCCCGACUCCUUCCCCGCACCCACGUGCCCUAGAUUCAUGGCAGAAAAUGACCAAAUCCUGUGUAUUUGUUUUAUAUAUUUAAUAACUGUUUUAAAUGAAAGUUUUAGUAAAAAAAUACAAAACAAAAAGAUUAAAUUGCUAUUGCUGUAGUAAGAGAAGCUCUUUGUAUCUGAACAUAGUUGUAUUUGAAAUUUGUUGUUUUUUAAUUUAUUUAAAAUUGGGGGGAGGGCAUGGGAAGGAUUUAACACCGAUAUAUUGUUACCGCUGAAAAUGAACUUUAUGAACCUUUUCCAAGUCGAUCUAUCCAGUGACGUGGCCUGGUGGGCGUUUCUUCUUGUACUUAUGUGGUUUUUUGGCUUUUAAUACAGACAUUUUCCUCCA